AUGUCAGGUUUGACAACCUGGGAGGGGAUGCUUGCACAGAUGCUGUCAAAUCCGCCGCCAGCAGAUGAACCCCAGCCCUUGUCGAACAGAAAAGGAACCAUAUUCGGCAUCACGCUCACUUUCUUGACUGUAGCAUGGUUUGCAGUGCUUUUCCGUCUUUGGGUUCGUAUCAGAAUUGUCAAGGAGUUUGGCUGGGAUGAUGCAUUCGUGCUUCUCGCUCAGUGCCUAAACACUGCAGCGACUAUCAUCGUGUGUAUUUCGGUCAGAUAUGGACUCGGCCGACACAUGUUGUAUCUUGGGUUUGAUAACGUGGCUACCUAUCUAAGAAUGUACUACAUAGAACUGGCCAUUUACAUUUCCAAUGGUGCGAUUAUCAAAGUCGCUUUGCUGUUCCAAUAUCUGCGUAUCUUCAAGGCUGGUCGCAUGCGAUGGGUAUGCAUAGGCCUACUUGUCGCAGUGAUACUCUGGGGCAUCGGCUUCGCAUUCAUCGCCUGGUUUCCUUGCUUCCCAGUUCGUGGCUACUGGGAUCGUACCAUUCCAGCAAAAUGCUACGCCUUUGGUUUCGGUAAUCUGGAAGAGUUCGUUAUGACAUACAAAGCUCAAUCAGCGACCAACAUGAUGUUCGACAUCGCCAUAUUUGUGGCGCCUAUGAUACUCUUCGGGACACCGAACUUACGAAGGAAGAACGUCGUAGCAAUGGCUGGUGUUUUCUCGUUUGGCGCAGUUGCUGUCGGAACAGCAGUUGGGCGCCUACACGGCAUCGUAAAAACUAACGGCGCGACCUACCCUUACGUUGACUACACCUGGUGGACACCUCCCAUGAUCAUUCUAUCCUGUCUCGAAAUCGACCUAGCCAUUAUCUGCGCGUCCAUGCCUAUCUUCUGGCCCAUUGUCGAAAGGUCUCUUGCCACCAUCCUCGUCAGCUACGAAGUGCAAGUAGUUGAGGAGCGUGUGGAUGACUACGGCCUCACAUACGAGCUCGAGCAUAAGAAAACAAAUGACAGGAUGAGUAUCAAGAGCAGUGGAACAAGCACAAGAGAGUUAACACAGCAAGAGGAGGACAAUAAUGGGAAGCGGCAGCAGUUUACAGUAGGCUGUGAUCCGCUCAAUGAAGAGCGAAGAAAUGCUGGGUUUACAGCCAACAUUGAAACACUCGCGGCGCCGCCAAAAUGGCAGAUUUGA